CACCGCCCUGCUAUUAGACUGUUCUUGGCAUGCCUUGAAAGAAUGUGGACAGAGAUAUAACCUUGGAAACUAAGCUCAUUGUCAUUCUGACUAAACUAUUCUAUCCUGUGCACUGAAGUUGACUAAGUUAACAUUGUGGCUGAAAUAUUUGGCAAAUUUCUGAGAAAUUUACCUCAGGAAAGCAUUUACACUUCAACACAUGACCCAAGACACACUUCAUAUCUUAUUACUGUUCUAAAAAAAUCAGGUCACAUCAGACCACCUCAGAGUUGAUGCUUUUCUUAUAAUUGCACACCCCAAAUGUGGUAUUCCUUACAAAACGUACACAAUAAUCUAGCUUGAAGUGUUAAACACCCAAUAAUGAUGGUGUGUGUAUAUAGUCCUGUAAGUUGUGAAGUAGAGCCCAAAUGGACUUGACCAUAUUGAGAUCUGGAUGAUUUGAAGGCAACACCUUGAGCUCUUCACUGUUCCUCAAACCAUUACUGAAGUAUGUUUGAGGUGUGGCAGGGAACAUUAUCCUUCUGAAAGGGAACACUGUUACCAUGAAAGCAUGGUAAUUGUUGUGCAGUAAUGUUUAGGUAGGUGAUACAAUGUCCACAUGAAUGCAGGACCCAAACUUUCUUAGCAGAACAUCACAUCAAAGCAUCACACUGCAUCCUUCAGCUUAAAUUCUUCUAAUAGUGCCUCCCUGGCCAUGCCUUCCAAGGUAAGUGUUCAAGAAAUUGUGAUUCAGUCCAGACCACCUUCCAUUACUCCAUGGUUCAGUUUUGAAGCUUCGUGUGUCCAUUGUAAGAGCUUUCAGUGAUGGACAGGGGACUGCAGCUACACUGCAAGCUUUCUGAAGAUCCCCUUUAGUUAAGUCAAAGAGGGAUUUGUCAACUUUUCUGUCAAUGUUUUUUGUCAGCAUGUAUCUGCAUUCCAUGAAACAGGUUAGAUAAUAUACCGGUUUAUCUUCUUCUAUUUUAAACAGUAAUGUUAGAUACUUGAUCAGUCCUGCCCGUAUUCUUCCUGAAGUAUAUUGUAAGUUUGUUUUUAGUGUGCAUCAGUUUCCUUUAAUCCAGUCAAGUGCUUUUCUUUCAUUUAAAUAGUUUGGGCACAGUACCGGGAUAUUAUUGACUCUGUUAUUGUCUUCAUAAUCUUCUAAUCUUCAUUCCUAUAUAUCUUUCCAGCUCUUGUUUGCUUUUGGGUGUUAUGUAGAUGAUGGCCUAUACUUUGAUGAUGUUUUGCUCAUUUAUCCGAGCAUGCAUUGCUUUCUGCCCCUACAUCUGCCCCUACAUCUGCCCCUACAUCAGCACGACGGGAACGACUUCAAAGGAACCUGACAUUUAGUUAUGAUUGAGUGCUGCAUUCUGAGCAGGUUCUGAACUAUUGUAUAAAUAACCUCUUUCCCAUUUGGUACCUGAUCACCGGGUUGAGCUCUGUACACAGUGACGUGUCAGUGAAAUGGCUGUAAACUCAGCAGGAAAGACUGAAAUAUAAAGUUCUGUUGUGAAUCAGUGUGAAUGGAUCACCUAGACAUCAAGUUAAAUAAAUAAGCGUAGCUUUUAGGUCAUGGAUAACAUUUUAAUAUUUUUUCUGAAAGUAAUAGGCGGUUAACCCUUUAUAUCUUAAUUUCUGAAUAAAAUACUUGGCAAGUAAAAUUAUGAUGUUGCAUAGACGGUAUUUAAAGGUACAGAGGCUGCUUGCUACAACGACGUGAGAGGCGUCCAAUAAGGAGACUCCUUUUGAGUAAAAACUAACAUCCAAUCAUAGCGCAGGAGGCGGGGCUUAUCCGAACACGGGCGGGGAAACGGAACGAAAACACGGAAGUGCUGAAGGUCUGUAAGACCUUACAUUCAAGAGAAGGUUGUUCUGCGGCGAGGGAAGAGAGGGAAAGAGAGAGAGAGGGAAAGAGAGAGAGAGAGAAGCCCUUUACCAGUAAAUUUUAUUUCACCUAAUGCAUCAAAACAACAUUUAACAUUCACACUGAUCUCGGAGCCCUGCUGCCUUCGACGCGGGACGGAUUUAAUCAUCACAAGCACACGUUUAUGCAUUUCUGCAGAAUUGGACCAUGAGCUGAAGCCCCGUCUCCGUCUACUAUCCCAAGAUGAACGACAAGCUGCUCUUCCUCGGCCUGCUGUACUUUGUGCAGGGCAUCCCGUAUGGCUUGCAGUCCUCACUCCUUCCAGUCUAUCUUCGUGGAACUGGCCAGUCGCUCACUCGAAUCUCCCUCGCCAAGGUACUUUACUUCCCCUGGGUGCUCAAGGUGCUGUGGGCGCCCCUAGUGGACCGUGCAGGUACCAAACGACGCUGGUUGGCUUUGACGGUUGGUGGAUUGGCUCUUGUGUGUCUGGCGGGUGCGACGCUGUCACCUGAGCUACAGCAGGGUGGUGUGGCUGGUGUGCUGCUGGCCAUGAACACGUUGGCGUCGGUGCAAGAUGUGGCAGUGGACGGUGCAGCUGUGAGGCUGCUGCGUGGUGCCGCUGAGCUCGGCUUGGGCAACACGGCACAGGUGGUGGGCUACAAAGCAGGCUCGGUGUUUGCCGGAGGUGGCCUGCUAGCUGUCAUUGACGUGGUGGGAUGGGCGUGGACCUUUACGUUGCUGUCUUGUGUAUAUGGAGGGGUGGCGUUGUUCGUGUGCGGUGUGAACGUACUGGACGGCGAAGCAGGGCGUACCCCAGGAGAGGCCAGGAGGGCAACGAGGGACACAGCAAGACCGUGGGCAAUUUGGAGGAAGCUGAUGGACGUCCCAGGGACGCCGUGGACCAUGCUGUAUGUGCUUACCUAUAAGCUAGGUGAACAGGGAGCCAUCACUAUGUUCCCUCUCUUCCUGUUGGACCACCAUAUGACAUCGCGAGAGCUCGGCCUGUGGAACGGCGUGGUCGCCAUGGCCUUCUCCAUUUGCGGCUCAUCUCUCGGAGGCUUCUUACUGUCAAAGUACAGUAUCAGCAUGUUGAUGAGGCGUGUGUUUGUGGUGCGGACCGUCGGGAUGGUCUUCCAGUGCUCACUACUGACCGUGCUCGAACCCUCUCCUCUAAUGAAAGGCAUGGCAGUGUUGAGUCUGAGCACGCAGCACUUCAUCGCAGGACUCAUCACGACGCUCACCUUUACCUGUAUGAUGCACUGCACACAGAGAGCUGAGGAGAGCAUCCAGGCGACUCACUACAGUUUCUUGGCCACUCUGGAGGUUUUAGGGAAGCUGUGCUUCAGCGCCCUAGCCGGUGCCAUAGUGGACACAGUGGGCUUCCCUAUCGCCUUCCUCCUCUUCCUCUUCCUCACCUCCAGCAGCGCCCUGCAUGUGUGGAGAGCCAUGGACACGGGAGUCCUGAAGGAACAACUCAAAGAACAACCGCAGUAACUCAAGGACAGGAAGAGAGACUGGGUGUGGGUGUGUGUGUUCGUGUGUGUGUGUGUUACUGAGAAGGAGUGGAAAAGGAAAAAAAAAAAAAAACAGGAGAUUUCUGCUUGAAAUGCUGGACACGUUACUAAAACCAAACAUUUUCUAUAUAAUAUAUAUAUAUAUAUAAAAUCAAUGCUUAUUACAAUGAAGUCCGUUCAAUACGUCAGGUGUCUUUUGUGAAGAACUCAAAAGUCUUCGCAAAAAAGCCGAUCAGCAAUACCGCAGUUAGUGAUUGAGCACUGUGUGGUUUGGAUGCACAGACACAAGAACAGAGCAGGAAAAUAAUGAUUUUCAGGGCUGGUCUUGGUGUAACCCCGCCCACUAUCUAUAUAGCCAAUUUACACACGGUCAGGUCAUGUGUCCUGAUUAAAUCUGGAUAGAGAUCAUUCUUUGUAGAUGAAAGUGUCAAUUUAUCAAUUUUUUUUUUAACACAUUCAUGCAGUUAGAUAUGAAGCUUCCUGGACACUUUCACCAGCUUAGGAAUCAUUUGUCUAUUCAUGAUGCUGCAUGACACGUUUACCUCCUUCAGUCACUUCCCCUAAACUGCUUUAUCCUCUGCAGGGUUACAGUUCGAAUCACCAAACGUGUUUAAUUAAACCAAGAUCACGCUGAUUAACACAGAAGUGUAUAGGAUGCCUGGGUUGAUUUUUACCUCUUUUGUUUAUUCAUCUUUAUCGUGACCAUGUAGUUUAUAUUACAACAACUGAGUUACUUAGAAAAAAAGUGAGUGAAAAAGUGAAAAAAUCCUAUAUACACCUGCAGGAGAGGCCUGGAUUGGGAUAAAAUAAAAUAAAAUAAACAUAAAAUUAAAUUGAAAUGAAAUAAAAUAUAAAAUAAAGUAAAACGAAAUGAAAUGAAAUUAAUAGUUAAAUGAAAUGAAAUUAUUAAAUAAAACUUCCUUUUUUAUUUUUGUUAUUUUAUUUUAUAUUUUUCACAUUGGAUCUAGUCUGAGAUCCAUUUUAGCCACGUUAUGUCAUGCUCUUUUGAAGUGUAACUGCAUCCGCCUCUCAAAGCCAUAUUUAUCACCCAGAACCACCCCCUUCAACAGGUGCUUUUAAAGUGUUAACGUGAAAAAUGCAGCAACGGCAGAUUUUUGCAUAUUGACACCUAGCACAGCAACCAGAGAUCCAUCUGAUCGCAAGUGUUAAAUGCACAUUGUUCAAAUCUUCAAAUCACGGGACAAUCCAGAUAUAAGACGCAUGCACAGACCGGGUGAAAAACAGACAUUGCCAGCAUGCAAGAAACUGCAGCUCGUGCUAGCGGAUCGUCCCAUCGUGCUUUUCAGCAGUCAGGAAAUUUCAAAAAAAGAAAAAGAAAAAGAAAAAAAAAAAAGCCAAAACAACUGAGCCAGCACUGAGAGCAUGCCAUUAGAUUUGCCACAAGAGCAGUAACCAGUAUUUUACUCACACCUUUUAAUAUAUGAAAAACAACGUAAUAUUAUUUCAAGUGUAUAUCACAGCUCUAGCACCUGUAAUAAAAACCCAGUAGAAGUGUAUGAUAUGACAGAAAAUUAUGAUAUCUAGUAGUCUUUGAAAUUUUUAUAUUAUCUGUUAUUGGUCAAUUUAAUUAACGUUUUAAAAAAAUCAUUCAUUUACGGUCCAGUUGAAAGGCAUUGUUUUGUUUUUUGUUUUUUUAAAAAAAAGAGAGAAAAUGAAUCAUAAGUAUGACUGAGUUUCAGGUAUUUCCUUAAAAAAAUGACCAAUUUAUUAUUAUUAUUAUUAUUAUUAUUAUUAUUAUUAUUAUUAUUAGCUAACAUGGAUGUAAAAUACUGUAAAUGUAAUUGAUUGGAUGUAAAAUAUCUUCGCCAGCGAGAUUUCUGGACGUUUUUUGAAGCACACCAUUUCUAUUCAUUUCCAUGUAGGGGAUUUCACUCGAGUGCUUUAAAUUUCCUAUGCAACGACGCAACAAGGGUUGCUCUGUUCAUGUCUAAAACUAAUACAGAUCAGGGGUGUUCAAGAAAUGUGAAGCUCCAGCUAUACGAUUCCUUGUUUACAAAGAUGAGCAGCUAACCCGAGCGAAAGGCAACAACAGGUACAUGUUAACGUCGUUAAUUAUUCGUUUAUGGCUAUAUCCAUAAGACAAAGGAUUUUUUCAUGGAUUCUGAGCAAGCACAUCUGUUUAGAGCUUGAACUGUAAAAUAAAUGCAAAAUUCCUGUAUGAACAGCUUUAAUGUUUUGUUCUCAUCGAUGUCUUGUAAACAAGCCAUGUCACUUAACUAAUCUAGCAGGGAAGGGAAGGGAAAAACAAAAGUACACAGUAGCUGCAAACAGUUGACACAAAUGCAUGUGAUCUGCUGCAAUAGAGCUGCUUUUACAGAAGUGGUCGUGGUUUAACUAUAGACACUUUAUUUCAUAUUUCAGUUUAUGAAAUUCUUUGACUACAGCUUUUUUUUCUAAUUUACUUUGAAUAAUUCUAUGCACAAAAAAUGUUUCCAUUAAUUCUAUUAAAAAUUCCAAUAUUCCAUUAAUAAUUCCAAUAAUUUCCAUUAUAAAAGGAGUUUAAAGGACAAUGGCCAGCAGAAUAACUAGCUUAUUCGUGUAUUGGAAUUUUAGGAGAAAUAUCAGAGGGAUUGAGCUGCUUGACUGUCUUUUAUUUAUUUAUUUAUUUUUACAAACACAUUUCCCCCCCCAGUUAUUUACACUCUAUUUCUUGAUCCUCACUUCCAGUGUACAUAUAUAUACACUACUCACAAAAAGUUAAGGAUAUUUGGCUUUUGGGUGAAAUUUAUGGAAAAUGUAAAAAGUUCAUGCUACAGUGAUAUUAUAUCUUGAAAGUAGGGCAUUUAAGUAGAAGCAUGCAGUGGUGAUUUCCUCAUUUCAAACAAUUUAUUGAAACAAAAGCCAACAACAGUGGUGGGUAUACCACAACAAAAAAUGUCAAUGUCUCAUUUGUCAUGUGCCCUUGACCAUCAAUUACAGCUUGACAACGACGUCUCAUGCUGUUCACGAGUCGACUUAUUGUCUGCUGAGGCGUGGCAUUCCACUCUUCUUGAAGGGCGGCCCUCAGGUCAUUGAGGUUCUGGGGUGCAGGGUUACGAGCCUCUACACGGCGACUCGGCUGAUCUCAUAGGUUUUCUAUGGGAUUCAGGUCUGGAGAAAGUGCAGGCCACUCCAUUUGAGGUACCCCAGCCUCCAGCACCCGUUCCAUAAUGAUGUGACCUCGAUGAGCUGGAGCAUUGUCGUCCAUGAAGAUGAAAUAAGGCCUGUGUUGUUCAUGCAGGGGCACAAUGACUGGAUUAAUGAUGUUAUUCAGGUAGUAUUAGCUUGCCACUGUACCAUUCACAAGAUGUAGGGCAGUUCUGUAUUGAGUAGACACACCUGCCCAGACUGUAACACCACCACAACAGUGGCUGAUGCAUAGCGCUCUCCUUGACGUCUCCAACAUCGUUGGCGGCCAUCAUUUCUGCUCAACGUGAAUCGACUUUCAUCAGAGAACAGCACUGAGGCCCACUGGUCCCUCGUCCAGCGUAAAUGCUCCCUGGCCCGACGCCUGUGCCUGGUGGUGUGGUCAGGUACCCUUGCAGGUCAUCUAGCACGCAGACCACGCUGAUGUAAACGGUUUCGAAUGGUCUGACGUGACACUUGGGCCUCUCACCUCCCUUAAAUGUGCCUAGAGUUGAGUGGCAUUCAUCAUCCGGUUCCGCAGGGCACUGUUCACAAUGAAGCAGAUGGGGAUGUGGCCAAAGGACGUCCACUUCUAUGCCUUUCUGUGAUUCUUCCAGUCUCUCUGUCUGCUGAUGACACUCUGUGACACUCUAAGCUCAGUGGCCACUUCCCUCUGAGAACAUCCUGUUUGAAGCCUCGCAAUGGGGAGGUACUGUUGAUCAAUUGUUAGGUGUGGUCUUGGUCUCAUGAUGUCAAAAUGUGAACCGCAUGAUGAAGAGGACUGUUUAAAUACCAAUUCUAAUUGAACCAGAAAAUUUAUUGGUCGAUUCAUGGAUCAAACACCAGUUGUGAAUUUUGCCGUUAAGCACCUUGUUAGAGAACAGCAAGUUAUGCAAAAAGUACUGAAACACUGAACAGUUGGACAUGUGCAUUCAAAAGUGUAGAGAAGGUCAAAUUAAGUUCACCUGUAAAGGUUAUAGUGCAUUUUAGCUGCAUCCUGAAAUUUCACCCGAAAGCCGAAUAUCCUUAAAUUUUGUGAGUAGUGUAUAUAUAUAUAUAUAUGGGGUGUAACAAUACACUCACAAUUCAAUUUGAUUCACAAUACUGGAGUCACGGUUCAAUCCAAUUUGAAUCUUAGAAAAUUUUCAAUGAAGAAAAACAUCAUGAGCUCUGUAGCAGCAGCUGAUUUGACUGAAAUAGAGCUCCAAAGUCAGCUAAACUGACCGGCUUCCUGUGCCUCUUUCUUGGGCGCUGGAAAUCACAGAGGUACAAGACUGGUAUCAUUUUAAAGCUACUGAAGAGCUCUGUUUAACUCUUAUAACAUGGUUGUAUAAAAUGUUAGAAGACACGUAAAACACGUGUCGGUCAUUGUGUUUCAGAACUAACAAUCUCUGGUCCAACAUUGCAAUUGCAUUAUAUGCAUAAUUGAUAGAUUGCUGAUGUGAAUCGCGUAUUUCCAUGAUGUACAUGGUCCAAUUUUUAUCAUGAUGUAUGGUUACACCCCUAAGAGAGGUGUAAUAUAUUUCAGUUCAGAUUUCAGUGGCCUUAAAUGUGCAGACAAUGCCAACACUGAAAGCAGAACCUAAGGGAAGUAAUGCAAGCUUGACAAAUACAGCAUGAACUCCUGUAGCAUCAUUUAAGACGUAAGGCUGUAUGAAGCAAGCAUAUUAGGUGCUACACUUUCUUAUCGUUUUAUUUCAUUUGAUUUGAUUUUCUCCCCCAUUGUACUUACUGAAUGCACAGUGUUUGAUAUACCAGCAUCACCUUGCACAAAAUGUAUAAAUAAAUAAAACCUGC